AUGAGGAUUGAGGAUGAUAAGGUUGUGUGUCCGUCGAUGAGCAAUCUUGCUCACAACCAGCUUAAGCAGCUAGCUAUUGACUUCACCAAACUCUCCUCUCUCUCCAUCUUGGACCUCUCUUCCAAUACUAUCACAGGUUCUCUUCCAAACACAAUGAGCUCUCUUACAAGUGCAACGUCAAUUUAUCUUCAGAACAAUCAGUUCUCAGGCACCAUUGAUGUCUUAGCCACCCUUCCUCUCGAAAAUUUGAACAUUGCAAACAAUCAGUUCACAGGCUGGAUCCCUGAUUCUUUGAAAGGCAUUAACUUGCUAAAAGAUGGUAACUCACUCAGUUCCGGGCCUGCACCACCACCACCUCCUGGCACACCUCCUAUCCAUAAAUCACCUACUCCUAAAUCCCAUGACUUGAUGCUCAUUGUUGCAAAGAAACCUGCUGUCACCGUUCCUUCAAAUGUGAAAAUGAUAUCCUCCUAA